AUGCGUUUCAAUCCCAUGCCAUCCAGCUCCCAUUCCGACUCAGUGCCGAACGAAGACGAAAGAUUAAGACCGGGAAAGAGAAUGAGGGACGUGGAGUACGAAGUAUCAAGAGCGCUCCCGUCUACAACAUCAAGCCCAGGCGUCGGUUUCCCACUAGCUGCACCACCACAAGCAGACACAGCGCCGCUACAACCCUCUACGGUAGAAGUGUUCGCAGCAGAAGCGCGCUGUCUCGAGCCUUUCUGGGACUGCCCCAUCAUCAGCGAGACUGAGUUGAGAAGUCGCUACUUCCCGGUCUGUGAACGACCCAUCCGCGGAGAACCUCCUAUUACGCUAUCUGAUCCCGGCCAUCUGGGCAUCGCAGAAGAGCUGGGCCGAAAAUCUACCGCUCAUGUUGGAAAAGGCCGGCAGCAAGUCUCUCGGUACUGGAACGAGGUGGAGCAGCUGGUCAAGUUGUGCAAGAAGUCGCCUAGCGCUAUCCGGGUACGCAUAUCGAUGGCGUCAUUCGAGUAUGCGCUCAGGCAGCCUCAUGCUUACGAUUUGUACCACAAGUCCAUCGAAGCCAUCUCCUACGCUCGAGAGAUGGAUCUCGAGCUGGAGGGGCCUCAUCAACAGAUUGUUGAACAGGACGGCGAUGUAGGCCAACGACUUGAGCGCUUCUUGUUUUGGAGUGCUCUGUCUCGACACAUCAUGACCUCGGUUCUGACCGGAAAAGAGAUUAUGCUUCCAUUGGACAAGAUCACCGUCAAGCCGCCCCAUGACAUCCACAACGGGGACCUGAACCUCGGUGCCUACGAAGGAACGGUUAUCCGAGAUGUUCAAUUACAGCUCCGACUCCUGCAAGCGGACAUACACACCACGACCUCCAUCUCUACCAACCUCUCCAUAUCCCCACCGCCCGAGUGGGUCGAGCGUACACUCCUGCUCAUCGAUAACACGUUUACGGCAGUCAUGCCAUGCGAACUCGGUCGCCGCACCGUCGUCCACACCCAAGUCGAGUACUUGCUCGCCAAAGUAAUGCUCCUCCGGGCGAGCGAGCGGUACCCGUCGCCACCCCUGGCGCGACUCGCGGCAUGUGCCACCAACGCCCGAACACUGGCUCGAAUCUGCGCGAGAGCGUGGACGGACAAAACUAUCGACAGUGCCUGGCUGAUCGGCCGGUACCUGUACAUUGCAGCUAUGGCGCACCUCAGCACGUUCUGGAGCAGCCGCUCCUCGGGCAUGGAGGGCGUGCAGCGAGUCCACCAGAGAGAAAUGCACGAGCUCGCAGCCGGGUUGUUCGUCAAGGUAUCAGCCUGUCAGAGCGAUAUCUUGGGCCUCGAGUCAACCUACUCCCGUGCGGCCGCGUUCGUCAUGCGCGAUGCUGUAGCGCAAGACGCCGGGCCAGAAGAUAGGGAGCAGGCGAGCCGGUUCUUUCGUAGAUUCUUUCCAUCCUCUUCGAACCCAUGGCCAUUCUAA